AUUUUAGCAUCUUUUGACUACAUCGAUUAUGGGGAAGGACCUUCCGAUCGUCAGUCCGCUGUGGGUGUAAUGAUUGAAAUUUAGAUCGCUGCUCCAAGCUGACGGACCAGAACGAUAGGAGUUGCGUCCCUUGUUCGAAAUCUUCUCGUAAGUAAAAAGUUCCGCGAAUUUUGCAUUUUAUUAAUCCAGCUAGUUGCAGAUCAAGACAACCCAUACAUUUUCUCUUCACAUUUCAUUAUGAAAGUGAUAUAAAAGGUAUCAACAGAGACAAUGUUGGGAGGACCAGGCUAUGAUGAUGACACAGAAGAUGACGAGGAAGAGGAGAAUUGGAUGGACACAUCAUGGGGAUGUACUGAAGAUCCAAACUUGCCGGCCUCCAAGUCUCGGCCACAUCCCAAGGAUGGAUAUGUCGCUCCUCCAAAUCCUGGCGGUACUUUGAAUGUAAAGUUACCUACGACAGUUACCACAAGUGCUGGGGUAGAUGGUGGAGGCCUGAUGAGUCGGAUGCUCCUUAAUGAUAACAAAGCAGGCAUGGAGGGUCUGGACAAGGACAGAAUCAACCAGGUCAUCCUGGAGGCCUCAAAAGGGUCCAAGUAUUUUGAGAAUGAAAAGAAGAAGGAAGAACAGGUAAACAAAAAAAUUGAAGAACAGAUGGCAAAACUUGGAAAGAUUGGCGACAUCCAAAUCCGUCAGGGAGUGUUCGAGGCUGACCGGCUAUUAGAGGACCUGGAGGGUCAGCGAGAUUUAAGUCGAGUCAUCGUUCAUGUAGACAUGGACGCCUUCUACGCUGCUGUUGAGAUGAGGGAUGACCCCAGUCUGAAGGACAAACCUAUGGCUGUGGGCGGCAACUCAAUGCUGUCUACCUCAAACUACCUGGCCCGUAAAUUUGGUGUGAGGGCAGCUAUGCCAGGUUUUAUUGGCAAGAAGCUCUGUCCAGACUUGGUGAUGGUCAAACCAAACUUUGAGAAGUACACAGCAGUCAGUAGAGAGAUCCGGUCAGUCAUGGCAGAUUAUGACCCUAAUUACUGCCCCAUGAGUUUAGACGAGGCUUACCUAGACAUCACAGAUCACCUGGACAAACGGAUUCAAUCUUCAGAGGCUGAGCGUACAUUUCUCUGCUGUAGUUCCGACAACAAGGAUGGCAGCUGUCAGUGUGAUGUUAACACUGCAGCUCGAGAUGCUGUUCUGACAUCUAGAACGGGGGAUCAGCAGCAGGAAAACACUAGAUUGUUGUCCACAGGAGACAAUAAAACAUCUCAAGGAGAACACAUAGAUACACUCACAAUUCCAACAGAACAUCUUGUUACUGAGCCAGGAGAACAGUUGUCUUGUACCUCUGAAGUGACCUUGACCAGUAGAGGUCGUCACACUGAAGGACUUUGUCCAGUUUGUGGAAAGCCCUUUCCUCCAUAUGAUGUUGUGACUUUUGGCCUUUCUGUUGAAGAUUCUGUCCAGGAAAUGAGGUCAAGGAUUGAACAGAAAACCAAGCUUACAGCUAGUGCAGGAAUUGCACCCAAUAUGAUGCUAGCAAAAGUGUGUUCGGACAAGAACAAACCUAACGGUCAGUACAGGAUAACGCCCACUAGGGAGGCAGUGAUGACCUUCAUCAGGGAUCUACCCACACGGAAGAUCAGCGGGGUUGGCAAGGUGAGUGAGAGGAUGCUAAAUGCACUGAACGUCCAUACCUGUUCCGACCUGUACCACCAGAGGGCACUGCUGUACCACCUAUACUCUCCAAUCUCCUUUAACUACUUUAUGAGGAUCUGUAUGGGGAUUGGCUCCAUCAACGUGGAAAGAGAUAGUGACAGAAAGAGUAUGAGCACAGAGAGAACGUUUGGCGAAAUCAGUAAACCUGAAGAGCUGGUAAAGAAAUGUCAGGAGCUUUGUGUUUCCCUCUGUGAGGACCUCAGGGAGGAAAACCUCAUGGGUAAGACAGUAGCCAUAAAGUUGAAGACAGUUAAAUAUGAAGUGAAGACUCGAGCACACACACUUCCAGAUUACACAUCAGACCUCAGAGUGGUGUUCUCUGCAGCCCAGGAACUCUUACAGACUGAAAUAAAGAGCGUGGCACCCGAACCAAUCCGACUCAGGCUCAUGGGUGUUCGGAUGUCCUCCCUUCUUAAUGAAGAUCUGUGUCAAAAGAAACAGCAAAACACUCUGACACGAUUUGUCAAACAGCUUGGGCGUGCUGGCUCCAAGGACGCCAUUUCUACCAAAAGUUGUGGGUCAAGGACUCUGUUAAAAUCAGAAAAGGAAAUCACUCCUGAUGAGAUUUUACCUUGUUUGAUGGCCGAUACUGACAUCUCCGACAACAAACAAUGUCAUGAUACUCAUGCUAUUCCGAACAAAAUCGUUGAUCAAGAUUGUCACAAUUCGUCAGAACAAAUAGCUCCAAGUGUCAGUUCCAUGCAGUCUUCCCCUGUUUUAAAGCCUGCAAGUGGGCCUGAAUUUCAGACAAUAGAGGAUUCAGGAUAUGAGAAAAAUUCAAACGCAGCAGACCUAGAACCUGAUGAUGUCAUCACAUCAACUGUUUCUAAGAAUUCCAAGAAUUUGGUGAAAUCUGAAAACUUGGAUGAUAAAUCUUGUACGGAAUCUUCAAAUUUGACUAAUGUAGCCGAAAUUCCAAAUGUCAUUGAAAAGGUUGAUGACAAGAAAACAAAUGGAGAUUUUAGAAAAGGUGCUAAUGAUGCUUUGUUGUGGGACCCAGCCAGUCACAACUGUGAAAGUGCAGAUAAAGAGGAAAACCUACACGAAUCUCUUAUGGGAGACAACCCCAUACAAAGGGCAGACAAUCCCAUACAAAGGGCAGACAAUCCCAUACAAAGGGCAGACAAUCCCAUACAAAGGGCAGACUAUCUUAUACAAAGGGCAGACAAUCCCAUACAAAGGGUAGACUAUCUUAUACAAAGGGCAGACAAUCCCAAACCCUAUGACUGCCCAGUGUGUCGAGAGGAGGUUGUGUGUGAUGACUUAUCAGAAUUUAAUAAACACAUUGACAUCUGUCUGAACAAGAAGGUAGUCAUGGAUUGCUCUAGGUAUCGUCCUGAGGAAGACAAAAAAACAAAACUGUCAAAAACUCCAAAUUCUUUGAAGAAAAGAACUACAGUCAGGAAAUUGUCUGGUUCUCCAUCCACACAGAAACCAAAACCAAAAAUGUCACAACCAAGCAGUCCUAAAAUAGGUGUUAGUUGUAAAAAUGACAAAUCUGCUGCAGGGAGUGAAGCCCAGGACAUCAGUUCUUAUAAAACAUUGACUGGACUUGAUGCAGUAUCCAUGGUAAAAGUGACCAGUGACCAGAUACAAAGUUCAGGGACAAACAUGGCCUCCAUAUCCCAGACAGAGGUAUUGACAAACACUCAGAAAAUGGUUUGUCCUGUUUGUUUUAUGGAGCAGACCGGGACGAGUCUGGAUGGGUUUAACACUCAUGUAGAUGUGUGUCUAUCUAAGGGUACCAUUACACAGAUGUUACAGGAGCAGAGAGGCAACACUAAACGACUGGCCAGUGGAACAGUGCCAUCUCCACAAGCUGUGAAAAGGAAGAGAGUCAACAGUGGACCUUCUGUAGCCAAGACACAAUGUAUAGACUCGUUCUUCAAAAGGUAGAGUUAGCAAGGAAAGGAAAUCCCACCCCGACUGUGUCAGUCCAUUAUGUAGUCAUGUAAGAACAUUUAACUGAACAUUUUGGACUAUAGCAGAAAAGUCUAUGUGUCAUUUCAAUGUAUAAAAUACAACUUCAGUAAUAAAAUUAUAUU